GCUCAAACUCUUCCGUCUGCAGCAACAUGGAACGAGCAGUUCGCGCUAUUCAGGGCCUAUUACCGAGUACACUUCCCCCAUCUCUACGAACAACACCUGCAAACCUUUACCAGGUACUUUCUCGAGCCCCUGGAGGUGGUGUUGGCCAGUGCGUGCACCAGAUCCGUUGGACGGAGAAAGGUAUAAGAAACUGCUACUGGCAGGUAACGCGGACACGGCUCAAGCUCGAGGGGAACCACGGAAAGGCUUGGGGGAAGCUGUACUGGAGAGGCAAACAAAUUAGUAGGCAGGAGGAGAGAAUCGGUGGUUCAUUGAAAUACAAAUGGUCAGCAGGUUCGUCUUAGCCAAUGCAAAUAUUAUCGUGCAGGCUUGCCUUCACACCGACAUUUGGGACGGUUCAAGUUUAGUUGCCCGCGUAAUGAAUACCGCCUAAUUAAAACGUCCUGUACACCUACUGCUCAGCAUUAUUUCCGACCACCAUAGAUGAAUCUUACAGAUCAUCGAAUACGUCCUGCCAAGCCAGCUCAUCAACAGUGCAGGGGUGGUCUUAUGUCUUCCCUCAGCCUAGAUAUCGAUGUUUUGUGGGAUCCGCACUUGCGCAGUCAAUUCCAUAUUAUUUUUAAAUAAAUUCGGAUGGACAUUGCAACAACAUGUAUUAAAGAGAACAGUUCAUGCUAGUCCCCAAGAAGGAAUUGUUUUUUUGUUCA